CGACCAAACCAGCAAAUAAAGGGCAAUCUGCAUCUGCACCUGGCCUUAAUUUCACUACCUCUUUUGCUAAGGUGCGUAGGUGAUCGAUCUUCGAUCAAUCAAUCAUGGCUGCCCCAGGUGAGUUGAGGCGCGUGUUCGCGUCGUUCGACCAGGACGGCGACGGCAGGGUCUCCGCCGCCGAACUGCGGCUCUGCAUGGAGGCGGCCAUCGGCGAGGACGUGUCGACCGAGGACGUGAGGGUGGCUAUGGCGUCGGUGGACGCGGACGGCGACGGGAUGCUGGACGAGGAGGAGUUCCUGCAGCUGGUGGAAGCCAGCCAGCAGCAGCAGCAGCAGGAGGAAGAGGGGGGCAGGUGCAGGUGGCUGAGGGAGGCGUUCGGGAUGUACGAGAUGGCCGAUUGCAGAGGUUGCAUCACGCCGCUGAGCCUGAAGCUGAUGCUGGCCAAGCUGGGCGAGCACCGGGACAUCGCCGAGUGCCAGGCCAUGAUCUGCCGGUUCGACCUUGACGGCGACGGCGUGCUCAGCUUCGACGAGUUCAAGACUAUGAUGAUGGGCUAAGAUUAAUUGACUAAGAAGAUGCUAUUAUACUACUCCAAAUGGCUUUGCAUAUGCUUGUACUAUGUCGUAGAGCUACGCGGGUUCUGUUAGAAAUAUAGGUAUUUUCCGUAUCA